UCGUGGAUUAUCGUGUACAAAGAGUGUUAAUACUGUGUAUAUUAUUAUAGUAGUCUACACUUAGAACGUAUUCGUUACAAUGUUAUUUCAAUGGCAACUUGAAAUGGUGAAUUAACUAAGAAACUCGAUUGAACAUUUACUAAUCGCACGCGCGGCGGUGGCGCCGCAUCGCCAGCACCGCCAGUUUCRCCGUCGCCGCCGCCUCUGUUGUCACCACCUGAAUUGGCGUCCGUCUUCGGAACACGAUAAGAGCGGCCACGCGGGACGGGCCGAGAUCGACCUUGAGCCGGGAAAACGAAAAAGCGGAAAAGAAUAAAUAACCAGCGUUGCCGCCGAUCUAAUUAUUAUCAUUGCGCCGUGACGGCGGCGGUGGCCGAGAGGUGUCUGUCGCGGCCCCGUACCCCGCCGACGGGGGGCGGGAACGCAGUGCGCGCGGGCCAAUGAGCGUGCGCCGUCCCACCCACUGACCGGCGGCACCCGGCGCUGCGCCGCGUCGGCGAUCGGGAGCGCGCACCGAACCUGAGGCCACCGUCGGCAUUGCAGAAACUGCACCGGUCGCACCCUGACGUCGCGCGACUCACACCGAACACGUUGCGCGUGUCGUACGCCUCACGCGGUAUACAUUUUAUUCGUUUUAUAAUUAAUAUUUCAUACGGCGAACAUUCGAACAUCGCAUAUUAUAGUAUCAUCGUGACUGUUGUUUAGAUUAUUUCGUAGUCUUAACGUCUGCGAUGUGAAUUAUUACUGCUUUUAUCAUCGUUAAUUACACACGAAUUACAUCGGUGCUAUAGCGAUGCACUAUCUUCCGUGAUUUUUUUAAUACGAAUUCGUAACAGCAAAGUGAUUUUAAGUCCUUACUGCGAUUAUUAUUUAUCGUUUUUGAUAUUUUUUAUCCUGCUUUCUCUCGCACGACACUACAGUUUUCGUACACAUCAACAUGGAAGCUGAUGAUCCACGUCUGGCAGACGAGUACGUCAACGAAUUCGUGCUCGACCACUUGGAUGUAUCGACGACGGUGAAACGUGAGAUCCAAUCGUCCGACUAUCACCACCAUCACCACCAACCACACCAGGAACAUGGAAGCCAUCACCAUCACAACCAGCACCACCAACAGCAGCAGCAGCAACAACAACAACAACAACAACAGCACGCGCCUUGCAAUGGUGGCCGAGGUACCGCCGGCGUUGGUGGCCGUCUGCCACCUAUGCCAAUCACGAGCGUCAAUAACGGUCCUACGGCCACGGCGGCUGCAGCUGCUGCAGCCGCAGGAGCUGCCACCGCGACGUUGGUGCAGUCAUCGCCACCGCCGCCGCAUUACCUGCUCACGCCACCCGGUUGCGAACAGGAAUACCCACACCACCAUCCACUUAUCAGACACCAGCACGCUCUUAACCAGGUAAUUGACGGUGUGGGUGGCGCCGGUGCUGGAAUGGUGAUACACGGUCACGUGGCGGCAACGGCCGCGGCAGCCGCCGGCGUGCUGAUAACUGGAGGCGCGCCCGCGGUCAAAGUGUCGGGUGCUGAAGCCGCGUCCGUCGGUUCCAUGAUGUACCCGAACACACCGGGAACGCCGCCCGACACGCCGCCGGUGAGCUCGUCACCACCGCCKUCMACGCCGAUUCGGCAACCGGUAUUUAUGGAAGAAAUGAUGUGGUUAACGCAGUCGUURCGCCAGGGACAAGAACCUUUGGACUUGCGACCAAGCUAUGUGGGCUCCGACGAAAUGCAGCAGCAACAGCACCAGCACCAGCACCAGCACCACCCGCUCCACCAUCACCAUCACCACCACCACCAUCAACAACAACAACAGCAGCAGCAGCAGCAGCAGCAGCAGCAACAACAACAACAACAACAGCAACAACAAGAACAACAAGACGAUGAAGAAGAACAACAACAGCAGCCGGAUUCGGCGGUGCCGGAGUGGAAUAUGGUACAACACCAACACUUGACCGUAAUACAGCCGAGUAACAGCAAUAACAGUUGCUCCGCAGUUGGCGGCAAAGUUCCGUCGUUCGGUCGCCCGUCCCUGCAGCUGAUGCAAGGGUUAUUGAGCCCGGGCUCGUCCAACAGUGUCGUCUACAAUUACGGGAACGGCUGUUCGCUUUACCAGCCGCUGUUCUCGGCCCAACGACAGGCRCCCCACAACCAGAGCCGGCCGCUGAGCGUGUCAAGCGGUAGCGUCAUGUCGCCCGUCAGCUCCCGCGGCGGCGGCGGCAGCAGCGCAUACACGCGUGGCGGCGGGUCGUCCGACGACUUCAUCAACGACGCGCUGUUGCUGCAGCUGCCGGUGCGCGAUCUCAACAAGCGGCUGCAGGGCAUCUCCAAGGAGGAGGUCGCCCGGCUCAAGCAGAAGCGGCGGACGCUCAAAAACCGCGGGUACGCKCAGAGCUGCCGGACGAAGCGGAUGAACCAACGCAUCGAGCUGGAGAACGCCAACGAGAUACUCGCGUCCGAGCUGCAUAAGAUGAAGUCGGAGCUGUCGCGCAUCACGCAGGAACGCGACAUGUACAAGCAGCGAUUUUCCGCGCUUGCCGCGGCCAGGGAAUCGAUGAGCGCCGCGGCAGCAGCAGUCGCGGCCACAUCGUCGUCGUCGUCCACCUCGUCGGCGGCCGCGGCCGCUACCCAGCGCGUCGACAGUAGUUCCAACUCGCCAGAGCUCUACCUAUGACAGACGAGGAGGUCGUACGCGUCUGCGCUUUGGAUAUCCAAGUGUUUACCAACGUCCGCCAACAAUAAUUACGGUUCACGAGCAUCGCGAACUUGAAAUCAUACACAGAUUAACUUCGAUAACGAAAGGAUAAGACUAAUAAAGUAAUUUGUUUUGUUUUGUUUUUUUUUUUCGGUAGUUAUAUAUUUAUAUUUAAUAGUGCCUAUGCGAUUUUUUUUUUCUUUUUUGUUAUUGUACAGUAAAAAUAAUUAUGUUUUCUUCUCAACGCCAAAAGACUUUUCCCGAUAAGUAUAUAAACGUAUACAAUAAUAUUAUAUAAUAUAUGAUCGGUGUUAGCUUAGUAAUAUUAAUUAUAAUAAUAUACCAACUCGUACAUAGGUACGUAUGUUUUGUUAUUACGCUAUAUAUUUAUAAAAUUUAAGUAUAACUUAAUCGUACCUAUCGAGAAAGACGUGUAAGACUUUGCUCGCUCACACUGUACAGUAAUGAUUGUUUUAUUUUUGCCAUUAUUAUAAUAAAUCGGUAUAUAUUACACAGGUGUUUAACCUAUUAAACUUACGUGUUUGAAUUUCGCGAAAAUAGUAAUAUUGUUUGUACAUAACCAAUGUAAUAUUUAAAAAAUUUUAUAGUUACCUGGAAAAUCGAAAUUGUUACAGCAUCUGUUAAUCGGUUCAUACGAUAUUAUUUUGUUACACGAAAAAUACACACUUAACUAAACAUAAUAAUAUAAGCAUUGUUUUUCAGUACGAUGUCAAUUUAAUAAUUACCAUAAUUUUGUAAAACUAUUCCAUUCCGUGGUCGAAUAAAAACCACACCCACUAUGUUCGCGUACAUAUAAUUAUUUAUUUUGAACACCGACGCCAUUACGCCAACAACGUAACGUUUUUUUUUCUUUCCGAUAAUUAUAAUUCGAGGUACGCCAUAACCAUAUGAAAAAUAUUUUUCACUCCAAACACCAUCGCAGUUGGCGCAUUUCCAAACAUACUUCUUUUACGGCAUAUUGACCGCUUUGAGUAGUUUCACUUUUCAACCACAUUAUAAUAUAAUAUCAUAAUGCUACACACUGCUACAAAGGUUCGAGAUUUUCCCUAUAGAUUAUUCGGUUUAUAUUAUGUACGCUACGCAGUACGCAUAUAAAAUAAUAACAAAAUAUUAUUAAAACGACAAUUUUUUUCAAACGUUCCUGUUUAAAACUUACAAUAAUUAUAAUACGCACCACCAAAUUUUUGUUCUUGAUUUUGUUCUGAAUCCGACCCUGCAAUCUCGCAUAUAACAAUAUAUGUUGUACAUAAGCUAUGUAAAUGUUAGAUGUUUAUGAAGUACUAAAUAUCAAAAACCAAACACUCGUUUGUGUACAGAUGUUUUUUUUCCAUAUAUAUAUAUAUAUAUAUAAAUUUAUAAUUUGUUUAUUAUUAUUAUGAUUAUGAUUAUUAUUAAUACACCGUUAUUAAAGUAACAUUAAAAAAGUUAAAAUUAAGUAAUUGUAAGACGCGACUUAAACUGGGCGCAGAAACGUACAAAGUGCGGUUUCGCAUAUAUUUAUUGGCCGACGCCACGGUAAUGUACACGCACAUAAAUCUGUUUAGUAAAUAGUGCUAACAUUUUUAUUUUUAUUUUUAUUAUUAUAUUUUUAUUAUUAUUAUUAUUAUUAUUAAUUUUUUUUUAA